CUGCUGUGGCGGCGGCGGCGCCGGCGCUUUUUUUGUGUGUACAGUUUGGAGGACGGGAUGAAACAUUUUUUUCCGUGCUGAAGCGUUUCUUGACAGUGUAACGUCCAGCUAACCAAGGAUGCCUAGGGAAAUUAUCACUUUACAGCUGGGCCAAUGCGGAAACCAGAUUGGUUUUGAGUUCUGGAAGCAGCUUUGUGCUGAACAUGGCAUCAGUCCAGAAGGAAUAGUUGAAGAAUUUGCUACAGAGGGCACAGACCGGAAGGAUGUCUUCUUUUAUCAAGCUGAUGAUGAGCACUAUAUACCCCGAGCUGUGUUGCUGGAUCUGGAGCCUCGUGUUAUUCACACCAUUCUUAAUUCCACUUAUGCAAAUCUUUAUAAUCCUGAGAAUAUUUAUCUGUCUGAACAUGGCGGAGGUGCAGGAAAUAAUUGGGCCAGUGGAUUUUCCCAGGGAGAAAAAAUCCAUGAAGAUAUAUUUGAUAUUAUAGACCGAGAAGCAGAUGGAAGUGACAGCUUAGAGGGUUUUGUACUUUGUCACUCCAUUGCUGGUGGUACUGGCUCAGGUCUGGGCUCCUAUCUUUUGGAGAGAUUAAAUGACAGGUACCCCAAAAAACUGGUUCAGACCUAUUCAGUGUUUCCAAACCAGGAUGAAAUGAGUGAUGUGGUUGUACAGCCAUAUAAUUCCUUGCUGACUUUAAAAAGGCUGACUCAGAAUGCUGACUGUGUGGUUGUGUUGGAUAACACUGCAUUGAAUCGGAUCGCCACAGACAGACUGCACAUUCAGAACCCGUCAUUUUCGCAGAUUAAUCAGCUGGUCUCCACCAUUAUGUCUGCCAGUACCACAACUCUGAGAUAUCCUGGCUAUAUGAACAAUGAUUUGAUUGGCUUGAUUGCGUCCCUGAUUCCCACUCCCCGCCUGCAUUUCCUCAUGACCGGAUAUACCCCUCUCACCACGGACCAGUCAGUGGCCAGCGUACGAAAGACCACAGUUUUGGAUGUCAUGAGAAGGCUACUGCAGCCAAAGAAUGUAAUGGUGUCCACCGGCAGGGACCGACAGACCAAUCACUGCUACAUAGCUAUUCUAAACAUCAUCCAGGGUGAAGUGGAUCCUACACAGGUUCACAAAAGUCUCCAGAGGAUCAGAGAGAGAAAGCUUGCUAGCUUCAUUCCCUGGGGUCCAGCCAGUAUCCAGGUAGCCCUGUCCAGACGGUCCCCCUAUCUACCUUCUGCUCACCGGGUCAGUGGACUCAUGAUGGCCAACCACACAAGCAUUUCCUCUUUGUUUGACAGGACCUGCCGGCAGUACGACAAACUGAGGAAGCGCGAGGCUUUCUUGGAGCAGUUCAGAAAGGAGGAUAUGUUCAAAGACAAUUUUGACGAGCUGGACAACUCCAGAGAAAUUGUGCAGCAGUUGGUGGAUGAGUAUAGUGCUGCUACCCGUCCUGAUUACAUUUCUUGGGGUACACAGGAGCAGUGAGCUUUGGGGAGACAUUGCUGGAGGGAAGGACCGUGUAGGGUAGCAUCACUUGUAUGUGUUGCCACAUCUGAGCAGAUCUUGUGGCCGAUCUGUGCCAAAGCACUUUAUACCAGAAUGCACUCUUUUGACUGUUUUUAGAGUAAUUUCUCCAGAGUUGUACCUGUGAAAUCCAGUGGUUAGUUGUCAUAAUUACACCCCCCAAUUGCAUUACUGGAGUCUUGAUAAUGAGAGACACAAGCCAUGUUUGAGAACAUUUAGCUUACAUUUCUCUAUCCCUGCACUGCGGAGGCGUGGUAGGAAUUCAUUUGUUUGCUAUUUUCUCCUUGUGUCAUUUCCAUUUAUGUCAUCCUGGUGUAACACUCUUCCUCUUCUUGUCUCAGUUUUGAUGGCUUUGCUGAAGCAGUUUACUAAUCUUGUUGCCAUUUAAAUUUGUAAUUUUCCUUGUAUAUUUUUGACUUGUCAAUCAAAUAAAUGGCUUUGCAGUUGUCAUGCAUACAGUACACUACCA